CACACAGUGUCACUGGUUGUGUCUUGCCUGGCAGCAGUGGGUCGAAACAGUGGGCGUCUGCUUUUGCAGUCCUAUCAUAUCAGCUGCUGCAGGUCAUAUGAUCGUCAUUAUUUCUCCAUGACUGACUGAAUUUUUAAGCUCUGUUUAAGCAGGAGUCCACUCGGUCGCCCUGCACGCAGCAGCAGUCCGUUAUCUCCCCCUCCUCUCUGGGAAAAAGAAAUCUCCUACAAUGAGCAUCUCCAAAAGUCACUGCGAGGGAAAGGACGACCCGCUGAUGCAGUAUGUCCUCAGUCACUCCAUGAGGGAGCAUCCGGUCCUGAAAAAACUCAGACUGAGGACGAUGGAAGACUCCUGGAAAAUCAUGAUGGUGGCCUGUGAGCAGGCGCAGCUUAUGGCCAACCUGGCAAAGCUUAUAAAAGCCAAGAAAGCGAUAGAAGUUGGAGUGUACACAGGCUACAACACUCUGAACAUGGCCCUGGCUCUGCCCGACGACGGAGUUAUAGUGGCUUGUGACAUCAGCGAAACCUACACCGACAUCGGCAAACCUUUCUGGAAAGAGGCUGGCGUGGAGCAUAAAAUCGAUCUGCGCAUACAGCCAGCACUGAAGACUCUGGAUGAGCUCAUGGCAGCUGGACAGGCUGAAACGUUUGACUUCGCCUUCAUUGAUGCGGACAAAGUUAACAUAGACAACUACUACGAAAAGUGCCUGUUACUUGUGAGGAAAGGGGGUCUCAUUGCUAUCGACAACGUUCUCUGGGGUGGAAAGGUUUUGAAUCCAUCCCCUGAUGAUCAGGACACCGUGGCCAUCGACAAGCUAAACAAGAGGUUGCUCCGAGACAGUCGGAUCAACCUGAGCAUGCUCACAGUGGGAGAUGGGGUCACCCUGGCAUUCAAACUAUAGGACUAGUGUCAAAUGUUUAAGGUGUCUAGUGUCAAGUGUGUAGUGUCUAAAGUAUCAUAGUUAAAGGGAAUACUGUAAUGUCUUCUUAAAGAUAGCCAACAUAUUAUUCAAACAUUUAUCACUAAGUUAAUUUUACAGUUGAAUAAAAUAUACUGAAUUUGAUUUGAAA